AAAUAUCAAAAAACUUUAAAGAAUUGUAUGCAAAACUAGGCUGCUCUGACGUGGAAGUGUAAUAAUUUUUUUUUGGUACAAUAAAGUGAAAGAAAAUUAAUUUUCUCACAAAUAUUGCGAGUUAAUUAAAACGGGAAAAUUAAAGAAGAAAAUUUCCUUUCGCGAAAAGUCUGAGUGUAAGAAAAAAAAUACAAAAAUAAAAGCUUUAAAUAAGUGGAAAAGAAAAUUUUUUCUUCGGCCUGCAAGUGGUGUUUACGUGGUGUUAAUCAUAAAAAAAAAAUUAUCUUGUAAAAGUACGGGACAAAAGUGCAAAAACCGAUUUUUCCAGUUUAGUGAAGAAAAAAAAAAACAAACGCGGAUCUUAAGUGUAAAGCAUUAAGGGAAAUUGCAAAAUUAUUUUAUGAAAACUUAAAAAAGAAAAUUGUGAAAUUAAGAAAAAUAGUUAAAAGAGAAAAUGAUGAAUCCAAAUGCUUAUGGUCCACCGCCAACAAUGCAGCCUAUGCAACAGCAGCAGCAGCAACAACAGCCACCACAAAUGAUGCCACCACCACCUAUGAUGGGUGGUCAGCAGCAACAAUUUGUACCUCCUGGUUGGCCUUCCCAGCAGCCGGGCAUGCAAGUUCCUCCUCCAAACACUUCCAUGCCUGGUAGUAUGCCUGCACCGCCACAACAGGCAGCUCCCCCCACACAAUCGAACAUAAUGAAUGGAAAUUAUCAGCAGCAGUUGACGCAAUCCAUGGGCGCUAUGACUAUGAAUCCCAUGAAACAGCCGCCACCAACUCAACAACAACAACAACAAUCAUUAGCUGGACCACCAACUUCAUUUAACAAUGCUAAUAUGGGUAUGCUACCUACUGGUCAACCUCUAGCGAAUGGACCACCCUCGGCACAACAAGGCACUGCUCCCCCCACGGCUAAUGUAAAUAAUAACUUUAAUCCCUAUCCUAAUGGCACUUCCAGUAGGCCACCUACUGCUGGUACUCCUGGCAUGCCACCACCACCAACAUCCGCCGGUCCUCAACAGCAACAAACACAACCACCUACAUCUAUGGCUGGCAAUUUACCACCAGCUCAAAAUAUUCCUGGAGCGGCCAAUCAAAUGACAGUAAACAGUGCCAGUUUACCGGGUAUGCCUCAUAUGCCACCCGCACCCCAAAAAUCUGGCCAAUCUACUCCCUCUAUGCCACCCAUGCCUGGUCAGCAACAACCAACUCAGCAGCCUAUGCAGGGUUUCCCAGGUACUCAAGCCCCACCAUCUCAAUUCCCUCCCCAGUCUCAGCCUGGUAGACCUGGUAUGAUGCCUCCUCCCAUGAUGGGUGGUCAGCAACAGCCAGCUCCUAUGCAGCAACCGGGAUUGCCUCCUAUGCCUGGACAGCAGCAACAACAACAACCAGGCAUGCCUCCCAUGCAACAGCCCGGUAUGCCACCCAUGCCCUCGCAACAGCAACGUGGUAUGCCUCCAAUGCCUGGACAACAACAACAACAACAGCCUGGCAUGCCUCCUAUGCAACAACCUGGUAUGCCUCCUAUGCCUGGUUAUCCACCUCAACCAGGGCAACAACCCGCUAUGCCUGGCUAUCCCCCACAGCCCGGUCAAGCUCCCAUGCCCGGUGGUUAUCCAUCGCAAAUGAUGCGUCCUCAACCGGGUCAACCUAUGACAGGAAGACCGGGAUACAAUCAACCUCCCGGUGGUAUGUACCAACAGCCUCAACAAUAUGAACAACAACAAAAACGUUUAGAUCCCGAUCAAAUGCCUAAUCCCAUACAGGUAAUGAUCGAAAAUCAACGUAAUGCUGGUGGUGCCUUUGUAACCAAUCAACCGGGUCUGUUGCCACCUUUGGUAACUACUAAAUAUGUAGUGCAGGAUCAAGGCAAUUCAUCGCCAAGAUUUUUAAGAUCUUCUUUGUAUUGUGUACCAGCUACAGCAGAUUUGCUUAAAACUACAGCUCUUCCUUUCUCUUUGAUUGUAUCGCCUUAUGCUCGUAUAGCUGAGGGUGAAUAUGAGCCACCAAUUGUUGAUUUUGGUGCUUUAGGACCCAUACGCUGUAAUCGUUGUAAGGCCUAUAUGUCACCCAAUAUGCAGUUUGUAGAUGCUGGUCGUAGAUUCCAGUGUUUAAUGUGUAAAGUUUCAACGGAAGUACCCACUGAAUACUUCCAACAUUUGGAUCAUACUGGCCAGAGAGUUGAUAAAUAUGAACGUCCUGAAUUAGUUUUGGGCACUUAUGAGUUCUUGGCUACCAAGGAUUAUUGUCGUAACAAUACUCCCCCCGAAAUACCAGCAUUUAUUUUUGUUAUUGAUGUUUCUUACAAUACUGUUAAAUCAGGCUUAGUGCACUUAUUGUGUUCUCAAGUCAAACAAAUAUUGAAAAACUUACCCUGUGAUCAGGGUCAGGAAAAAUCGAAAAUGCGUGUGGGUUUUAUAACCUACAAUAGUACGGUCCACUUUUAUAACAUUAAAAGCAGUUUGGCUCAACCACAAAUGAUGGUGGUAGGAGAUGUACAAGACAUGUUUAUGCCUUUACUUGAUGGCUUCCUUUGCAAUCCCGAAGAAUCCGAGGCAGUGAUUGAUGCUCUUAUGGAACAAAUACCCAAAAUGUUUGUUGACACUAAAGAAACCGAAACCAUACUCUAUCCAGCUAUACAAGCUGGUCUUGAAGCUCUUAAAGCUUCAAAUUGUUCGGGUAAACUUUUAGUUUUUAACUCUUCUCUACCCAUAGCUGAGGCACCGGGUAAAUUGAAAAAUCGUGAUGAUCGCAAACUUUUGGGUACUGACAAGGAGAAGACAGUGUUGGUGCCACAAUGUCAAUCGUACAAUCAAUUGGGUCAUGAAUGUGUACAGAAUGGCUGUUCAGUUGAUUUGUUCUUAUUUAAUAAUUCUUAUAUUGAUAUUGCCACCAUUGGCCAGGUGGCUAGACUGACGGGAGGUGAAGUUUAUAAAUAUACUUACUUCCAGGCUGACAUUGAUGGCAAACGUUUGAUAGCGGAUAUUAUUAAAAAUGUUUCACGUCCCAUUGCUUUUGAUGCUGUCAUGCGUGUCCGUACUUCGGCUGGUGUUAGAGCUACCGAUUUCUAUGGCCACUUCUUUAUGACCAAUACAACGGAUGUUGAAUUGGCUAGUGUGGAUUGCGACAAAUCAAUUGCUAUCGAAAUCAAACAUGACGACAAAUUACCCCCCGAGGAAAACGUCUAUCUACAAAUCGCUCUACUCUUCACCUCUUGCGGCGGUCAACGUCGUUUACGUAUUUUGAAUAUUGCUCUUAAAGCCACCACCACUAUUGCUGAAGUUUUCAAGAGUUGUGAUCUAGAUGCCAUAAUGUUGUUCUUUGCCAAACAAUCCUGCUUCAAACUUAUGGAACUAACACCCAAAGCCAUCAAAGACACACUCAUUCAUCGUUCGGCUCAAAUACUGGCCUGUUAUCGUAAACAUUGUACUACACCCUCGUCGGCCGGACAACUUAUAUUGCCCGAAUGUCUUAAACUAUUGCCGCUCUAUAUAUCGUGUCUCUUGAAGAAUGAUGCCAUUUCGGGCGGUUCCGAUAUGACACUCGACGAUCGUUCUUAUGUAAUACAAUUCAUUUUAUCAAUGGACUUGAAUAUGUUUGUAUCAUAUCUGUAUCCACGUUUUCUGCCCAUACACAAUGUGGAUCCUGAUGAUAACGAAUUGCCCAUGUCUAUGCGUUGUACUCAUGAGAAAAUGUCCGAAGAUGGCGCUUAUAUUUUGGAGAAUGGUGUACACUUUUUCGUAUGGUUGGGUCAGUCGCUGCCUCAAACGUUCAUACAACCCUUAUUUGGUGUACAAUGUACUCAACAGGUUAAUGCUGAACGUUUUGCUAUUACCGGCGAUACGCCAUUGGCUCAAAGGAUACGUGGUAUUAUUGAAAAGGUUAUGACAGAACGUACUCGUCAUAUGAGGGUCACUUGUGUUCGUCAAAAUGACAAAUUGGAAAGUGUAUUCCGGCAUUUCCUUAUCGAAGAUCGUGGCACUGAUGGCUCGGCCAGCUAUGUAGAUUUCUUGUGUCAUAUGCAUAAGGAGAUUAAAGAAUUAUUAAGUUAGCCCGUAGGUUGUAAACAAUAUAAUCAUCAUAAUAAUAACAAUAGUAGUAAAACUGUGGCUUCUAUAACCUGUCGCAGUUUUUCUCAAAAUCGUGCACGCCUCUCGCGGGCCACGCGUUCUAGAAGAUGGUAAUAUAUUUAAAAAAAAAAGUAACACAAAACAAAUAUCUAACAAUGAAGACCAACAUCAAAAAUUAAAAAAAAAAAAAACACCAUUUAAAUUAAAUUAAAAAUUACAAAAUAAUAAUUAUAAUAACAUUUACAUACAAUGAAAUUGUUUAAACAAAAAAGAAAGAAAAAGUUAAAAAAUGCAUUGGUUAUAAAUUUUCUUUUCUUUUUUGCAUUUUUUUAAUUAUGAUUUAUUUUAUUAAAAAUUAAAAUAUGAAAACUUAUAGUAUAUACAAAAUACAUUCGCUUUAUUUUACAAUAAUAUUUUCUUUAAACCCGUUUUUCUACCACUGUGUCCGGUUUCCAGUACUUUGUUCCUCCUUUUUGGCUUUAAAUGUGUUUUCUUUGUUUUUUUAUGGUUAAUUGUGUGUUAAAGUUUAAUUAAAUUAAAUUAAAAAAAAAA